AUGUCAAGCGAACCGGAGCAAGGCAAUGGUGCUGGCGAUGACGAAGAUAGCGGCGGCCUGCCUGAGGACCAGAUGUUCGAGAUGCUCACACGCGUCUCCCUCGACGACCUCUCCGCGUGCCGCCAGGUGUCUGCCCAGUGGCGCCGGCUCACGUACGAGCCGGCGUUCUCGCCGCUGCACUGCCGUCGCCGCGCCGAAGCCGUCGUCUCGGGAUACUUCGUCCAGGGCAUGGCGCGCAACCGCUACUCCGCCACCUUCGUAUCCAUGCACCCCUCCCAGGCCGACGCUGAUCCGUCCGUCUCCCUCGACUUCCUGCCGUCAGCCCACGUCCGCGUCGAGGCUGUCUCCGCGCACCGCGGCCUCGCGUGCUGCGUCGACGCAGACGCCGACGCCGCCGCACGCAUGGGCGGCAAGGCGUCGUCGGCGCGAUGCUACUACGCGUACAAGCCCGCCACGAGGCAGUGGCGGGCGCUGCCCAACCCAAGGCUGCGCUUCCCCACGGCGGUCACCGCGAUGGUGGCGCGCCCCGCCGGCGCCGGCGCCGCGGCGGUCUUCAAGAUCCUCCGGCUCUCGGUCCCGACGCUGCGUGACCACCUGCGCUGCGAGAUCUUCGACUCGCGGAGGCGCGCGUGGCGGCGCUCGGCAGACGUGAUGGUGUGGCCGGAGUCGCUCGUGGCCGCCGGCCCGGCGGUGAGGGCCCACGGCGCCAUGCAUUGGCUCCGGUGGCCGGACAGGGUCAGCGCCGCCGAGGACAUCUUCGCGUUCGACAUGAAGAGCGAGGCGUGGAGGCUCAUUGUUCUCCCGCCGGAGCUGGAGGACAGAACAGACAGGUGGGCGGGCAAGAAGAAGCUGGUGACGGUGGAUGGCAAGUUGUGCCUGGUAGUGAUCGUGGGUGAGGAGGCGGAGGUGUGGGUGAUCACUGACUACGGCAGGCAGCAGGAGAGAUGGGAGAAGAAGAUGGCGGUGAACUUGAAGAAUCUCGGGAUGCAGGAAGGGAGAGCCCUUAUACUCAGGGAUCUCUGCUCCUCCGAGGUCGCAUUCUUCAACAGUGUAUACAGAGUGAUCUGGUACGAUUUUUGGAGGGGCAAGAUAGCAGAAGUCCCCGUGCAUCACAAAUGCAUACAAGAAGUUUUCAAGUAUGAGUCGGAUUUGGUCCCUUGGGACAUCGAUGAAAACAAAAUCUAG